AUGGAGAAAGUCGGGAGAAGGGCAAAGAGGUCGCCGCAGAUUGAGCUUAACGAAAUUGACCGGGAACUCUUCGGCGAGGAGGAGUUGGAGAUCCUGCAAAGAGGACACGUGUCCAGCGAAGAGGAUCGCCAAAACGAGGAGAAUCUUGCGGACAGCGAAUUGUUAGCUGUGAACCAAGAUGAGUUUAUCAUUUUUGAAGGCGCCAGUAGUAAUGAGAGUGUUACUAGUCGUGCAAGUAAUGAGGGAAACUCCGACUCGGAUGUACAGCUCAUCCAGGAGGAGACCGCGCCUAAGGAGGGAAGUCCCCAGAGGAAGGGCGGAACAACCCCCCAAAAGAAAGGCAAGGCCAAACAAAAGGCUCACGCUGAAGAGGAAAAAGCACACCGAAGGGAAAAGAACAAACUGGAGGAUGCAGAGGAACAAGAAAACCAACUGUCCAGCGAAAAGGUAUGUAACUUCAUGCAAAUGAGGAACAAAAACAUAAAAAAAAAAAUUGAAGAAAAUAAACUAAUCACGCACAUGCUAUGUUGGGUAAGCCAUCUGCAAUUCUUAAACGAGACGUGCAACAACAAGUUUGCUCAAGCCUUAAUAUAUUCUGUGUAUGUGAAUUACCUAAAGGGGAAGGACAGCAAGUUGUACAAGGACCCGAUCUACCUGUUCAUGUUUAUUAAAAGCACAUUUGAACUUGUCACCGAUGGGAAGUCUUGGGUGUCUGGAGAUCAGCAUAUCACGAGCAACCAUCGUGGCUCCAUCCUGUUUCGCUUGCUCAGGUGUGUACAAAGGAGAAGGGGAAACAACGUGCUUAUCAAUUUAAUUUUUAUUUGUCUUUGCAGAUGCUUAAAUAUUCCUAGCCGUAUUUGUUUAACGCUGCCCAGUUUAAAAACUGAAAUUGAUGUUGGAAAGGAUAAGUGGCUCUUGAAGAAGUGCAGUGGAGAAUACCACUCUGAUUUGAGUAGAAGUAUUUUUUACCGCGAGUUCAUGAACUCGGUUAGUGAGGAGAGCAGUGACGAGGACAACGUUGUUAACUGCGCUGAUGGAGGUGCACAGGGAAAUCGUGAUGACGAUGUGAUACUUAUCGACCGGGAGGAAUUUCUUCAAAGCGGAGUGAACAACUACGCGAAUGCAUUCAAGGAAGGGGACAAUGCAAAUAAUGUGAAAGGUUCAAGAAAAGUGGUGAAGGACGAAACGGCCCAAUUCAACAUUUUCUCUGAGUGCUACUCGACCAGCUUCAACAAAUGGGUUUCCUUCUUCUUCUGCUUUAACGUUUACUAUUUUAACUUUGUGAAUUUCUCCAAAUAUGAUACCUCUGUUGCGCACGAAGAUAAGGCCUUUCACAUUUUGCUUCCCCUUCCGAAGAACCCCGAAGAGAUAAAAACGUUCAGGACGCAGAGGAGGGCCACUGCCAUGGGCGGCUUUGCACGCUCACUCUUCAUGCGCAGGGGGGGCAUGGGGAGUAAAAAGCAUAGCGAAAAGGAUAGCGACGAGGACAGCAAAGAGGACAGCGAAAAGGAUAGCGACAAGAACAGUGAAAAAGACAGCGAAAGCGAGGCAUCUUCAGAGGCCCCUAAUGUGUCCGGAGAGGAAGCUUCCCCGCUGAGAAAAAACAGAAGCAGCGCCCACGCGGGGAGGGGUACACUUCCAAUAGAUGAUUUACACACUCGACAGAAGCAUACGGACGGAUGUCAGGGCUCCCUAGAAAGAAGUAGCUUACCCUUGGAUGGACCCAUCCCCGGGGGAAGAAGCAUCACAUCAGUGAAAGAUAACUUGGUGACCUCGAAAUUUCAAAUUCUGAGCGACGACCAUGGGGGGAAAAUGUACAUCGAGAGGGACAACAAGUUUUUCAUAGUUGACAAAAAGACCAAGCGGGUGAUUCGGAUUGCCUACCUGGAGACGCCGUCGCAGGGAAACUGCCCUCCAGAGAGCGCUCAUCCAGAAGGGAAAAAAUCAGCAAGGAGUGGUAAGGGGACGAAGGCGGGGCUGGACCCCCCUCUGUACGACUUCGAGCGGGAAGAAGAAAACAACGAAAUAGUGAACUCGCUGGCAAACAUAUAUAGCUCUGGGGGGAAGAGGAAUUUGCUGCUAAAUCAGAUCAGGGAGUUACGUGUAGCGAAUAGCAAGUUACGAGGUGAUGCCAACAGCGCCAGCAUGGGCAGGGAUGUGCGAGACUACGGCGAGAUCACCUAUGAUAAGAUGGCGAACCCAGUGAAGGCAUCUUCACUCGAGGGGAAGUACAUGAAGGUAUUCAUAAACAGUAACGUAUAUAAAUUUUUGUACAACCUGGACCAUUACAACUUGUACAUAUGUAUUAACCGAUAUGGCAUCGUGCGUGAUGUGAGUGUGCGCCAUAAGCUGAGGUACAGCGCUGGAGGGAGUGGUCCUCGAAUUGGCCAGCGAAGCCGAGGAAACAGCAGCAAUGCUAUCAUUAAGGGAGACAGCAACUGCAACGCUGUAAGGACCCACUUCCGACGACUUGCCUACCAAAUGAAUAAAAAAAAAUAUAAUGACUUUGAACAAGCAUUAGACAAAUUAGACGAUGAGUAUUUGUACAAUCUGUAUGUAACGAAUAUGAUACCGACGGAGAAAACUGAUUUUCUCAAGUCCAGUUAUUAUAUAUUAAAAUCCAUGUUGAAGAAAAACCAGGUGAUUUAUCCGAAUGCCCCCGUUGGGCUGUUCAAGGGAGAAAAUGUGUACUUGAAGGAAAACUUUUACAACCUAGUGAGGAGAGAGUACCUGGAAAAUAAACACUACUACAUUAGUGAUAUGGAGAAACCGCUAAGCUAUGAAUUCGAUGAGUACAGCAAGGUGAAGGUGCCACUGUAUGCGCAGUUUCAACUGAGGAGGCGAACAGAGGCGGCGGUGAACAGAACGGGAGGGAGUGGACUAGACAGCAGCAUGAACAUUGCGAGUAGUGGUAACAACAAUGGUAGUGGUAAUGGUGGUCAAAUGGAACAAGUGUGUCCCCUUGGGGAGGAAGAAAACUUCGAUUACAUUUACAGCAGGAAAGAUAAACUGCAUGUACUCAAAACGAAGUUGUUUGCACACCUGAAGGCGAGCAACAUCAUCGAGCUCAACGACGAAGACGUAUGUAUCUGUAACGUCAAACUCAAGUACGUCAUUAAACAUUUACGGGGAGUCAUCCCAUACAGAAUUGUCUAUAACAACUCCUACUUUUUUAAUAAAUUUCGUAAAAGGCCAAAUGUACCAACGGAUGCUGACAAAAUUAUAAUUAAAAAAAAACAUCUGCCACAGUUUAAAAAUCUGUAUAUAUCACAAAAACAAAUGCAGGACGAAUUUUUACUAAGUGAUAAAACGAAGCAAAUCAAAAACCUGUGGAAGGUACUCUGCAAGAGUAUCCUGUACGAGCAGGUGAACAAGAAGGCGAUCCAGGACAGGGCUCGCAACAGGGCCAUUUACAGGAUGAAGGAAUUCAACACGGACGUCGAUCGGUAUUUUCAAAUUUGA